UCCGUUAUUUUGUGACCAAUAGCAUGGCAUAUUAGUGGAUUUAUCAGCUUCCUUCAUAUAUACAGGUUUUUUGUGCUAUUAACCUUCGCUCUUUAUACCUUUCGCUACAAUCCAGAAAUCAGAACACCCAACUCCCUGCAAUGGAACCGGAACAGCAACCAUCACAAGAAAUCAGCAAAAAAGCGGCAAAAAAGGAGGCUGCCAAGGCAGAAAAGCUCCGUCGCCGUCAGGAAGCAGCCGCCGCUGCCGCCGCCGCAUCUGGCGUUGCUGGCGUGUCCAUCGACUCUCCUGACCCUCUCGCCGCGAACUAUGGGGACAUUCCUAUGGAAGAUCUUCAGUCGAAGGCUAUUUCCGGACGUGUGUGGACCACCGUUAGCGCUCUUACCGAAGAACUCAAAGACCGCACUGUGCUAAUAAGGGGGCGGGUUCAGACGAUUCGCGCUUUAGGGAAGAACAUGACGUUUUUUACUGUAAGAGAGAAGGGAUAUACAGUGCAAUGUGUGUUGGUGGCUCCUGGCAUCGUUAGCUCUCAGAUGGUUAAGUAUGCAAUGACGAUUACCAAAGAAUCGUUUGUUGACAUUGAAGGAUUAAGAAACCUCUCAGCAGAGAUUAUAUUCGGCUCAUGAAGAGAGGUUGAAGUUCAAGUUAGGAAGAUUUAUUGUGUAAACAGGGCUGCUGCUAUUCUUCCUAUAAAUGUUGAAGAUGCUUCCAGAAGUGAAGCUCAAAUAGAGAAGUCUUUGGAGACUGGAGAAAAAUUUGUUCGUGUUAAUCAGGAUACCCGUUUGAACUACAGAAUUUUGGACUUGCGAACUCCAGCAAAUCAAGCAAUUUAUCGCCUUGAGUGCCAAGUGUCAAAUUUGUUUAGGCAGAAUCUGCUAGAUGAAGAUUUUAUAGAGAUCUACACUCCAAAGUUAACUGCAGGCACUAGUGAAGGUGGUGCAGCUGUUUUUAAAUUGGAUUACAAGAAACAGCCAGCGUGUCUUGCACAGUCACCCCAACUUCACAAACAGAUGGCGAUUUGUGGUGAUCUUGGUCGCGUUUUUAUUGUGGGUCCCGUUUUUAGAGCUGAAGACUCUUAUACCCAUAGACAUUUGUGUGAAUUCACAGGUCUUGAUAUUGAAAUGGAGAUUAAAGAACAUUAUUCUGAGGUGAUGGAUGUUGUUGACCGACUUUUUGUUAACAUGUUUGACAAAUUGAAUGAAAGAUGCAAGAAAAAGCUGGAAGCUAUUAGGAAGCAAUACCCCUUCACUCCUUUGAAAUACUUGCGUGAAACCUUGCGGCUUACAUUUGAAGAAGGGAUUCAAAUGCUGAAGGAUGCUGGCAUUGAGGUGGAUCCACUUGGGGAUCUUAACACAGAAUCAGAAAGAAUAUUAGGAAAACUAGUUUUGGAAAAGUAUGGAACUGAAUUCUAUAUACUACACCGUUACCCACUUGCAGUUCGACCUUUUUAUACAAUGCCUUGUCCUGACAACGCGUUGUAUAGCAACUCAUUUGAUGUUUUCAUUAGAGGGGAGGAAAUAAUUUCUGGAGCUCAACGUGUGCACAUCCCUGAGCUUCUAGAGGCACGUGCAACAGCAUGUGGCAUAGAUGUCAAAACCAUAUCGUCAUACAUCGAUUCUUUUAGGUAUUUUGCGCCACCACAUGGUGGGGUUGGAGUUGGAUUGGAACGCGUUGUGAUGCUCUUUUGUGGCCUCGACAACAUCCGCAAAGUGUCACUUUUUCCACGUGACCCUCGAAGGCUAGAACCGUAAUUUUGCUUUCUUUUGGAACAUGGGCUUUUGCCAUUUUUGGUAUGUGAAACAAUAGAAGUUGACUGAGUUUGUAAUGGUGGAGUUGGAACCUGCUGUUUUUGGUUGUAAAUAAAUUGGAACUCUAAUUGGAAUUUCACGGAAACACUUAGUAUGUAUGUAGCUGAACGUACUAAAAAGUAGUAGUUUUGUAUGGGUCGUUA